UGUUUUUCUUCUCCCACCAAAAGCACCCAAAAGGCUUCUGAGUUUGGACUUGCACCAAGCGCCGUGGAGACCUUCAGUUCAGAACAGCAGUUCAGAGAGAGAGAGAGAGAGAGAGAGAGAGAGAGAGGGGAAGAGAGUGAGAGGAAAAACAAGGUGAGAGAGAGAUAAAUAGGGAGAGCGACAGAGAGAGUUGUUGUAAUGAUUUGCGUUCCAAAGAUUGCAGCCUGAUAUAUUACAGCUUGUUGCUCAGCCUUGCACUCUCUGCUCUAAACUGGAUGGUUUAGGAGCCGAAUCAGGAGUGAUUGCUAAGUUGCCGGUAGUUCUCGCAGUUGCUGCUACUGUGCAUCAGGACAGAGAGUAGAGCGCACAGGGAGCUGGAGAACAGGGGAGCCUCCCUGUCCUCACAGCCUGACACUUUAUCCGACCUGGCUGUGCAGUGCUUGAUCAUCUGCCAAUGAGAUUUACUUCAGACUUUGGGAAAAGCAAAAGCGACAAUGGGAAUUCAGCAUGGACUGUGAUAUUGAUUUUUACAAGCAUUUCACUUGGCUUAAAAAGGUAGACCUCCAGCUGCCAGUGAACAAUGAGACUUAUCAAGAGCGCCUGUCACGUUUAGAGGGUGACAAAGAGUCACUGGUUCUUCAGGUGAGCGUACUCACAGAGCAGGUGGAGGCUCAGGGGGAGAAGAUCCGGGACCUGGAGAGCUCUCUGGAUGAGCACCAACACAAGCUCAGCUGCACUGAGGAAAUGCUACAGGAGGAGCUGCUCAGUCGGACGUCGUUGGAGACGGAGAAGCUGGAUCUCGUGGAUGAGGUUUCCCAUCUGAAGCUGAAGCUCGUGGGCAUGGAGGACCCUCCUAGCGAAGGAGACAGCAAGCAGCACAAAGCCGAGUGUGUAGUCAAUCUGAUCAGUGAGCUCCAGGAGCAGAUGUGUAAGUUUCAGCUGGAGAUCAGUAGCAGGAUCCAGGAGAAAAGGGCCCUGGAAAAGCAGGCCACUGACAUUAGCCUGCAGGAAGCCCACCUGAGCCCAAGCCCUGACCUCGGCAGUCCUGAGGACCGCUGUCGCUGUAGAGAUGAGAACGGCCUUUUGACAGAAUUAAAAGAGCUGAAGAUUAAAGUUGAUGCUCUGCAAGAGGAGAAAUUUCAGUAUGAGAAGAAACUGAAGGCUACGAAGGCAGAAAUCUCAAAGCUGCAGCAGCUUCUGGCUGAUAAAGAUGCAGAAAUCACCUGUCUGCAGAGGCAACUCUCAACAAGAGGCCCUGCAUCCGCCGUCAGCCCGGAGAAAGAUCAGGAAAUGCAGAGGUUGAGAAUAGGAAUGGAGACAUUGCAAGCAGAAAAUCAAGAAAAGGGUCGUCGUAUUGAUGAGCUUACAUUCCUUUUAAGCCAGUACAGAAAGGCUAAAGAAGUCCCACAUAAUCAAGUCUCUGGUGCAAGGAUUCUCUCUGCCAACAGCCGUGACACGCCGCAAUCAGAGAUGUCCUCCACGGGUUCCUCUCCCUUACUGGUCUCCUCAGCAUCCUUUCAGAAGGAGUUAGACUCCAGCUUCAGGAUGUCCCCUAGCAACACAAGCACACAGAACGGACAACGGAUGCCACCAAGGACACUAUCAAGUAGUUUGGAGGAUUUACAGAGUGGAUCAAGGAAAAAGCAUGCAGUGGAGGAACCAGUAGAACCUGUUGUGUCAGCAGAGACUCCACAAAUCAAUGACAGUGACAAGUGCCAAACCUUGCCAGGAAAGGUAUCCAGACCCUUUCAAAACGGAAAGAGAGAAAAACACUCAACACCAAUUCAGAAGUCUCCCAAUCAGAGCUUUGCCCUAAGAAAGGCAGAGAAGAUGGAGGAGACCACUUUCUCUGACCCCUCUCUGCCUUCGGCCGGCAUUGAUUCAAAGCAGCAGUCUCCAGCCACUCCUGACAACCGGAAGCAACAUAAGGGACUCCACAAGUUCUGGGGGAAGGUUAGGAGGAGUCCUUCAGGAUUUGUGCCGAUGGAUGACCUGGAGCCCGGGGAGUUCCUGAGGGGGGGGGUGCGAGCCACAGCGAGCCCACGUCUGACCCUAACCGGCGACGCAAGUUCAAUCCGAGACAUGAACACUCCCUUCUCCAUGUGGACUAAGGAGCAGGUCUGUGGCUGGCUGGAGGACUAUGGUCUGGGACAGUAUGUGAACCUGGCCAGGCUGUGGGUCAACACUGGACAAACACUCCUUUCAGCCACUCCCCAGCAGUUAGAGAAGGAAAUGGGAGUUAAGCAUCCCCUGCACAGGAAGAAGUUACAACUGGCACUCCGGUCAUUCAACUCAAAAGUGAUUGAGAAGUCGUCAGAACUGGACCAUAUCUGGGUAACCCGUUGGCUUGAUGAUAUUGGCUUGCCUCAGUACAAAGACCAGUUCAAUGAAGGAAGAGUCGAUGGGAGAAUGAUUCAGUAUCUGACCGUGAACAACCUCCUAUUCCUCAAAGUCACCAGCCAACUCCACCACCUCAGCAUCAAGUGUGCCAUCCAUGUCCUCCAUUUGAACAAAUUCAACCCCCACUGCCUGAGACGCAGGCCUGGAGAUGAGAAUAAGACUUCUCCUGCAGAGGUGGCGCAGUGGUCUAACCACCGCGUUAUGGAGUGGCUUCGCUCGGUGGACCUGGCGGAGUAUGCCCCUAACCUCAGGGGCAGUGGCGUGCAUGGUGGGCUGAUCAUCUUGGAGCCGCGUUUUAACUCAGAGACCCUGGCCAUGCUCUUGAACAUUCCCACACAGAAAACGCUCCUUCGACGACACCUGGCAACCAAUUUCAGCUCACUGGUGGGCCCUCAGGCCCAGCAGGAGAAGCGAGAGUGCUUAGGCACCUCCGGAUACACCCCCCUCACCACUACGGCCAAAGUCCGGCCAAAGAAGCUGGGGUUCACCUCCUUCGGACAUCUGAGGAGAAAGAAGCUGGAUGACUCCACGGACUACAUUUGCCCCCUGGAUACCCCUCUUCAGCCCCUAAACGGGGCCGUCCAGUCCUUCUCAGGGUUCAGGGGACUGAGCCCCAUCUUAGACAAGGACCGUGAGAAGAAGGACCAGGUUGGGCAAAAGAGCGGACGUCACCCAGCCUCAGGCCAUCGUAGCUGAGCUUGCAGCCUUUAGCUCUGCCCCCUCCCCUUCCCUUCCCAACAUGACCCCAUUAACCCCUGCAUGAACUUGGGUGACAUCCAUGGACACGCUAAAAUGGACGCUCCGGGAUGUCUGUGUUCCAACACUAUCCUGUCUGUGGAUUUGGCAUUUUAGUAAAGACCCAUAACACCUCUCAUUGUUUGUAUAUAUAUAUCACGAUCAUGCCACUACAGGUAGCAUGGCGAACAACAAUUUAGCCAAUUGUAUAAACUGUAUUUUUUGUAAUUUCAUAAUUCAUAAUUGUACUGUUUUUAUACAGUUGUGUUUUUGAAGUUUGUGCAAUAUUUGCACAAUAAGGGAGAAAGGACAUACUAUACGUAUGUAAUAUUUCUGUUAGCCGAUAUAUGAUGGAAGCACAGAUAUUGAGACAUUUUUGUUGUAAACAAGAUUAAAAUAAUAUUUGGCAGUUAUUUGCUUUGCCAUAACCAACAUAUGGUAUUGUUAAUUAUGAUGCCUUAUGUUAUUUUGCUUUCAUGGCAUUGUAAGUUAUAUUAUUCCCAAAAAUGCAUUGGGGUACGGUGCAUAAUAAACCUUAUCGAAUGAG